CUUGAAAACUACCCAUUUCGUGCUUGAGCUCCAGGCAUGGCGGUUGCCGGCCGUUUGGGCGGCGGAAGGGCCUGCCAGCGACCGGUUAUUCAGUCUUUACUGAAUGCUGGGAGAAGUAUACACAUCUUGCAAACAGCACAUCGACCUAAGUUGCUCCAGCUAGCGGGCGUCGUCGAAAAAUGUCUCCCCAGUGCUCACCUCCAACAGGCUCGCCUCUUUCAUCCAUCAUGGUCAAACCUGAAAAAGGAUUACUAUGAAACACUAGGAGUAUCCAAAAAUGCAUCUGCCAAGGAUAUCAAGAAAGCAUACUAUCAGCUUGCCAAGAAAUAUCACCCUGACACCAACAAGGAUGACCCAAAAGCCAGCCAGAAAUUCCAGGAGCUCUCUGAAGCGUAUGAGGUGCUCAGCGAUGACACCAAGAAGCGCGAGUACGAUGCUUGGGGCGCCACACGGGAGCAGAUGGGCAACGCCGGCCGCGGACAACCCGGCGCCGGCGGCUUCGGUGGUCAGCAGUGGGACUUCCACUCCCAGGUCGAUCCCGAGGAGCUCUUCAGGAAGAUUUUCGGCGACUUCGGCCAGCGCGGCGGCGGCGGCGGUGGCUUCGGCGGGGACUUUGGCCAGAACUUCGAGGAGUCGCGCUUUGGCUUCGGAGCCUCGCAAGAGGUGGCCAUGAACCUGACGUUCCAGCAGGCGGCGCGUGGCGUCAACAAGGAGAUCACCAUCAACACGGUGGAUACGUGUCCGGUGUGUGGUGGAGCGCGCGCCGCUCCCGGUACCAAGGCCGUGCGCUGUCCGCAGUGCCACGGCACGGGCAUGGAAACCAUCAGCACAGGUCCAUUCGUGAUGCGUUCCACAUGUCGCCAGUGCCAGGGCACGCGGAUGUACAUCCCGCACAAGUGUGUCGAGUGUAACGGCAAGGGCAGCACCGUGCAGCGCAAGACCAUCAGCGUCCCGGUGCCGGCAGGCGUGGAGGACGGCCAGACGGUGCGGAUGCAGGUCGGCGGCCGGGAGCUGUUCAUCACGUUCCGCGUGUCCCGCUCGGACUACUUCCGACGGGACGGCGCCGACGUCCACACAGACUGCUGGGUGGGCCUCACGCAGGCCGUGCUCGGCGGCGCUCUCAGGGUGCAGGGCAUCUACGAGGACCUGACUGUUCGGAUACCGCCGGGCACGUCGUCCCACACGCGUAUUCGGCUCAACGGCAAGGGAAUCCGCCGGGUCAACGCGCACGGCUACGGCGACCACUACGUGCACAUCAAGAUCAAGGUGCCCGAUAAGCUAGACGAUCGUCGAAAGGCGCUGUUCCAGGCGCUGGCCGAAAUGGAGUCGGGAGGAGCGGGUACAGUCGACGGCGUCACGGGCACCAAGGAUGGUACCCGUGUAUCGACGGACGAGCUGGGUGGUCUGCUGGAGCGGAUCCGGGCGGCUCUGUCACCGCCGGCGCCCGGAGAGGAGACGGGGAGUGACGCAGCUGAGACGAGCAGUGGCGCAGCCGACACGGGCAGUGGCGCAGCUGAGUCGAGUAGCGCCGCAGCUAGUAGUGAGAAUAGUACCAGCGGGGAAAGCACAGCGUCCAGCAGUGGGGACACUACAGCGCCCAGUGGUGACGGUGCCGCCUCCGAACGGGACUCGGAACACUCGGAGGAAAAGCGCAAGCGGCGGGAGCACGGGUGAGGCAGAGAGGGGUGCUGUUCGAUAGCCUGGUAUGGGAAUCUGCGGCGGGACUGCCACAUUCUGUGGGCCCGGCCCGUCGGGCUGUCAGUGCUGGUUGGGGCUGCCGGAGGUGGUGCGUUUAGUCAGGAGCUGCCGUGCGACUGGCCUGACUGAAGUAUCACGCAGACUGCCCUGCUCGUCUCUGGAAGGUGAGAGCGUCCCGUGUCGCUCACGUCACUGAAGUACCCGACGCUGCCGCUCGUGUGCCCCGCUGGCCGCUCUGCUCGCCUCUGGGGCGGGUGGUGAGGCGUCCCGCGGCCGUAGACUCGCCACCAUGCCUGGCUCUGCCGCCGUCGGAGACCCGGCCCCGGACAGUCCGGGGGCAAUUGUGAUCUGUGAAAUGAAUGAUAUGCAUUUUGUUAGUGGAAUGAUGACAUCACAAUAAUGACGUACGAAUGAUU